AACGGCAGUGGCGAUGACGAGGAGGACGGCUACGACGAGGACGAGGACGAGGACUACGUCGCGGACGGCGGCAGCAAGGAGAAGACAGGGGGUGCUAAUGACGGUGCAAACGGCGACGUGGAGGGCGACGAGGACGACGAUGAGGAGUUCAUAGACGAGGACGACAGGAAGGAGAUUGCCAAGUACUCCUCCAUCGAGUCGAGCGAAGGAGGGUUGAUCAAGACCAGGCGGCAGAGGCUCGAGGAGGACGCGAAGGAGAAGAAAGCGAGGAAGACGGUGCAUGUUCAUGGCAGCGGCGUGGGCAAGGAGUCUCCGUCUGCCAAGGUGGACAUCAACUCCAUCUGGGCUGAGCUCAACAGUACCAGCAAGGCCGGACCAACGACGGCUGCGACGCACGUGGUAUCCUCGUCGCCCGGCACGACGCUGGGCGCUGCAGGGCACUCGGUGGAUGAAAAGGUGAAGAUCACACGGACGUACGAGUUUGCAGGAAAGACGAUCUCGGAGGAAAAAUGGGUGGACGCCGACUCGGAAGAAGCAAAGGCUCAUCUGAACUCGACUGCCAUACCUGCGGCAAAGAGCGCCGCCGCCCAGAUCGCUCCGGAGCCUGUGGCGGCCUCCGCAGCGGUGCCGCAGAAGAACCUGAGACGCAAGAGGAAGAGAGCCAGUUUGUUGGACGCCGUCAUCACAAACUCCUCCAACACCAAGCUCACCACGUUGGAGAAGUCUCGUCUGGACUGGGCUACGUAUGUGGAUAAGAACAAGAUCAGCGACGAGUUGAAGUACACGAACAAGGCCGGGUUCUUGGAGAAACAAGACUUCCUCAGCAGAGUUGAUUCCCGCAGAGACAGUCUGUACAGCAAGGCCAAG